AUGCCUUCAGUUCAAGACUUUAUUAAAGCUAUUCAUCUCUUAUCUCUUUCUCAUGAAGAGUCAGAAAUUUAUGACAACCAAGUUAUUAUUAAACAUAUUAUUAUAGACCCUAAAUGUAUAUCAAGAUAUUUUCAAUACCCAAGGACUAUAACAAUUGAUAGAUUUGAAAUUCCAGAAAUGAAAAUUAAUGUGCCUAAACAAGUUGAUGAAAAAUGUCCAUUUGAAAUUGAAAUUAAAGAGAUUAAUUAUUUUUUAUCAUUAAAGACACAUGAAGAAUAUGAAAUAUCAAAUGAAAAGAUUGAAUAUUUACUUCCAUAUCUUCAAUUUAGAAUUAAUCAAAUAAAUUGUAAAAUUACAAUUGGAAAUGCUAUAUUAAAAAUGAAAAUGAAUGAUAUUAAUACCGAAACAAACAAUGAUAUAUUAAAUAUUUUCUUUAAUAAAUUUAGUAUUAUUAUAGAAAAUGAUAAUAUUUCAGAAGAAUUUAUUAAGGAUAUUAAAAUUCAAUUAAAUAUGUCAUUUAAAAGAGAUCAAAAUGGACAUGUUAUUUGUGUUGAUCAAAAAUGGAUAGCAGAAGAAAUUUGUAUAAUUUGUACAGGAGAAACGUAUAAAAAUAUAGCAAAUUGUAUUAGAAAAAUAAUAACAUCAAUAUUUAGUUCUCAAACAAUUGAACAUCACAAUCAAAGUAGUUCAAUUUGUUUAGAUAUAAAUAAAUUAAAUAUUAUAUUAAAAGAUUUAUUAGAUGGAGAUAUUCAUAUUAAUAUUGGUAAAAUUAUAUUUGAAAUGGAUAAAAUUAAAUAUAAUGAAGAGCUUUGUAUGUAUUUUGGAAAAACAAUAUUUAGUGUUGGAGAGUUUGAAGUUCAAUAUAUUUUAAAAGAAGAAAUUAAUAAAAUUGUUUGGACAAUUAAAGAAGGAAAUGCAAUUCAAUUAAAUGUAACAAAAGGAAUUGCUAAAGAAGGUAUUGAAGCUAAAGGAAUAAUUGGAAUUGAUGUUGAUUUAAAAUGUAAUGGACUUGGAAUAACAAUGGACUUUAAAUUAUUAUCAAAAAUGAUUGAUUUAUUAAAAAUUACAAUGCAAAAGAAUUUAACAAAAAUUAAUGUUAAUACAAAUCAAUUAGAAAUAUUAAAAGAAAAAACAGAAAAGAAAAAAGAACUUUUUAGUUCAAAAUAUGAAAGAUUACUUCAAUAUUUCCAAUUAAAAUCAAUUAUUGAUUUAUUAGGAAAAGUAUAUUUUUCAUUUGAAUUAAACAAUUCAUUAUUUACAGUAAAAUUUCAAAGUAAUUCAAUAUUUACUAUUACAUUAGGAAAUCUUAAAUUAAAUAAUAAACCAAUUAAACAUAAUUUAACUACACUUGAAAUUUGUAAUGAAAAAUUAAAAAAAGAAUAUAAGGCAACAGAAGUUAAAGAACCUGUUUCAUUAGAUAUUUCUAUUUUAAUUAAAAAUGUUGAAGCAUUUGGAAUGGUUAAUGACAAAAAAGAUAGAGUAUUUUAUGGAGAUGUAUUUGAAGUACAAUUUAAUUUAAUAUUUGAUAAAGAAAAUAAUAAAGGAAUACCUUCAAUUAUUUAUUGUUAUGGUAAAUCAGAUGACCUUGAAAUUACAUUAUCACAUCAAAUGUUUUUAGAUAUUUAUAAUUAUAUUAAAGAUUUUAUUAAUGGAUUUCAAGAAACUGAAAAAGAUAGACUUAAAGAUAUUAGUAAACAAAUUGGAACUACUGUUACUGAAAAUGCAAAUAAAAUUACUGAUAAGUCUAUUGAAUUUGUUAAUAAAGAACUUAAAAAUAUUCAAUUUCCAACAAUUGCUGUAUUAUUAUCAUUUGGUAAAGGAAAAGUUGUUGUUCCUAUUAGUUCAAUUGUUUAUAGAAAUAAAGAACAUGACUGCUCUAAAUUAACUGAAAUUGUAAGAUCAGAAUUAGAUAUUAUGUUUGUUAGUAAUGAAAGUGGAAGAACUUUUGGAAUAAUUAUUGAUGAAAUUGGAACAGGAAGUGUUGAAAAUAUAUUAGAACCAUUAGAGUCUAUUUCAAAAAAGAAAAUGGAAAAAGGAUUUUUAUUUCAACAAUUACCUCAAACAACUCCAUCAUUAAUUUUAACUUUAAAUCAUAUAAGUUCUAAAAUUAAAACUACUAAAAAUAUUUCAAUGGAUAUUAAAUUAUAUGGAGUUCAAGUUAAAUUAAAAAAAUUGGGGGUAUUUGGAAAAGAUACUUUUAAACAAGUUAGUGAAGGAAAGCCUAAAGAUGAAAAUUUAAAUAAUGAAGAUAAAAAAGAAGACACUGAAUUAAAACCUGAAAAUGAUGAAGAAUUAAAUGUUAAAUUAAAAGUUAUUGAUUUCUUUAAAGAAAAAUAUCAUGGAUUUGAAUUUAGUGUUCAAAUGAGUGAAUGUGAUGUUAUUGCUGAAGAUGAAUUACAUACUAUAAAUAUUACUACUUCAAAUAAAUAUGUUCAAAGUGGAGAAGAUAUUUGUGUUGAUUUAAAUAGAAAAAUUGAAUUGGAAAAAGCACAACAAGAUGGUCUUGAAAUGGAAGUUGCUCAAUUGAAAGUACGUCUUGCUAAUUUAAAACAACAACAAGAUAUCGAAGAAUCUCAUAUCAAUACUCAGCCAAAGAAAUCUCGUUUGGCUUUUUGGAAGAAAUAA